AUGCCUAAAGGCUCUCAUGUCACCUUUAUGAACGAUGAGGUGUACAGAUCCACCACUAAAUGCUUGAUUGAAGGUCUCAUAUCAGGGUACAAUGCCACUGUUUUCGCCUACGGACCCACAGGUUGUGGGAAGACUUACACUAUGCUGGGAACGGACAGAGAACCUGGUAUCUACGUUCGCACAUUAAACGACCUAUUCAAAGCAAUUGAAGAAACCAGCGAUGACAUGCAGUACAAUGUCUCAAUGUCCUACUUGGAGAUCUAUAAUGAGAUGAUAAGAGACCUGCUGAAUCCAUCAUCUGGGUUUCUGGACCUGAGAGAGGACUCUAAGGGAGAAAUUCAGGUCGCAGGAAUCACAGAGGUCUCCACCAUUAAUGCACGAGAGGUCAUGGAGUUGUUAAUGAAAGGAAACAAGCAGAGAACUCAAGAGCCGACAGCAGCCAAUCAGACGUCUUCUCGCUCUCACGCUGUGCUGCAGGUGGGCGUGCGGCAACAGAGUCGAUGUCGAGACAUCCUGCAGGAAGUGCGAUUCGCACGUCUCUUCAUGAUCGAUCUGGCAGGGUCUGAACGGGCUUCACAGACGCAGAACAGAGGUCAGAGGUUAAAAGAGGGAGCUCAUAUCAACCGCUCUCUGCUCGCACUGGGGAACUGCAUCAAUGCUUUGAGCGAAAAGAAUGGCAACAAAUACGUCAACUAUAGAGACAGCAAGCUCACGCGAUUGCUCAAGGAUUCUCUAGGAGGAAACAGUCGGACGGUGAUGAUUGCCCAUAUAAGCCCUGCAUCUCUGGCCUUCGAGGAUUCACGGAAUACCUUGACUUAUGCCGACCGUGCCAAAAGCAUCCGCACACGGGUUAAGAGAAACCUGUUGAAUGUGUCCUAUCACAUCGCCCAGUACACCAGCAUCAUCUCUGACCUGCGUAGUGAGAUUCAGCGGCUGAAGAAAAAGAUCGCAGACCAGGCCAGCAAACAGGUCAACCCGGACAGAACAGACAUCCGCCAUGUUCAAGCGGAGGUGCAGGCUCACUCUUCUCAGCAGAGCCGGGCUGAGAUGGACCAACUGCGGGAGCAGCUGAUCGAUGCGUUUAGACAGCAGAUGGACAUCAGGAAGCGUCUUAUGGAGCUGGACAACAGCAACAUGGAAACCCAGAUAGACACAUCCAAACACCUGCUGACAAUCGCAGACUGGGAGCAAGAACGCUUCAGGAGAAGAAAGAAGUGGCAGGGCGAGAGGAGGAAGGAGAGUUUUAAUAAGGAUGAAAGUGAGAAAGACUCAGACUCGCCAGAAUCUUUGCCUGACAGCACAGAGACACAAGAGGUGGCCAUUGCCAGAGAUACCCUCGUCACGCUCAUGGCUGAGCAGAAGAAAAUACAAAAACAGAAGGCUGGAUUAGAGCAGCGCCUGGCAGAGCUCCGAGAGAAAGCACGCCGUCUUGAAGAGCUUCUCCCCCGCCGCGUGAGCUCAGAGGAGCAGAGGGAAGUGCUUUGCCUCCUCUGCAAGGUUCACGAGCUGGAGAUCGAGAAUGCAGAGAUGCAGUCCAGCGCGCUGCUUAAGGACAAUGUGAUCCGACAGAAAAACGUGGUAGUGCAGCGUUUCGAACAGCACAGACACCUCUGCCAUGAGAUCAUCCAGCAGCAGCGGAAAUUUAUUGCUGAUCACAGUCUCCUGGUUCCUCCUCAUCUUCAAGAGCUUUAUGAGAUGUACAUGAAGGAAAUGGAUGAGAAGAACUUGGACAAAAUUGACCCUUAUGACUGUGCGUCUGUCACAAUGCUGACUGUAUCUCUGCAGCUGUUGCCAUCUGUCCUGGAUGACGCUCUGAGAUGCAGCCAUCUCAGUCACAGUAUGAGCAGCCAUCUGGACUCCUCGCCUGAGAGCAGCGAGAACGGCACAGAUGCCCCUCUGACUCCUAAAGAGAGACAGCAGAUUCUAAGAGGUGUGCAGAACAUCGCGGUCAAGGCUGCUCGCCGCCGCUCUAAAGUGCUAGAAAUAGAUGCCCUGCGAUUGCCCCCACCACCUUCACCCCUAGAUCCCAAGAAGCACAAGAGUAACCUGUCUUUGACCGAGGCACCCCCUAAAGGCCUGGUGCUGCGGCGUGGAAGACAGCUCAGUCCAGAUCUACGCCACGCCACCUCUGAUGACAACCUGUCCAGCAGCACGGGAGAGGGACCCGCACCCAGCGGCACAUGGACUCGGCCGCGGAACCGGCAAGCUGUUAAGAACCCCGCUCCACGAGAGCAGGACUUUGAGGGUCGCAGACGCAAGAGGAGAUCUCGAUCGUUUGAAGUCACAGGACAAGCAUUGUCUCAGGCUAAGAACACCAGCCAACGAUUUCGUCCCCUGGACAGCACUUCUGAUCCCCACCUGCACAUUAACGGUCAUCCCCCAGCCCCCCUUCUGCGCCCCCAACACAGAGCCCAGCCUCAGCUUACAAAAAUUCGACCCUCUCACAAUAUCCACCCAACAGGGUCAACAGCAGAUGUCACUUCCUCCAACCUGCCCUCCCACCUCAUCAAGCGUGGCCCUCAAUCCAGGCAACUUCAGCCCCUCCUGUACGUCACAACCACUGGAACAGGGGGCCAGCGCACCCGCAAACACUAAAGAGGCCCAAAAGCCCUGGCCUAAGCAUAGACUGUCUCCUCUCGACCCCAGCAUCAGCACUAUGGAACCAGUAAAACAUGUAGAGACCAAGUAGAAGGUUUCUUCUUAUAUCCAAAUGGAAAAGCUGCACCAUGAAAAAAAAACAAACACAUUAAUGAAAACUGAAGACCAUGUAACCCUAUUGUGCUGCCUGAGUUUUUACAAAAUUUCUCCGAGCUUUUCUCUGAAGAUGUCAGCUUUUAAUUUUUUGAAUCCAUUGGCUGAUGUAAGUUGCAAAAAAUGAUUGUCAUGAAUUCAAUGGCCUUGACUUGUGUAAAAACUUUAACACAAUGACAUGCAAACAUAGUUUAAAGCCGAGCCAAUGCGACAGUGAAUAAAACCUGCCUCAGAUGCCUUCCGAUUGAAUAUGUUUAUCAGGCCUUAUAGUGACAACUGAAAUUCAUUAAGCAGUUCCCAAAAACAUAUUUAUCUCUGCAGAACUGAAACGGUGUUGCUUGUUUAUGCGACUAAGGAAUCAGAUAUACCCCUCUCAUUCCCCAGGGAGCAAUAUAUAUUUCGCAGCUUCUCUGGCUGUGAAAGUAUUGCUCCCUCAGGCCUUGCACAAAUGAAUGUACUGUCACAUUGCUUAUGAUUCAUAUGUCUGGCUUCUUUGACCGUUCCAUUUACUGAUGUCAUUUUGUGUUUACUGGUAAUAAUCAAUGUAAAUUUGCCUUCACUGUCAUGCAGGUUUCAGCAUAGCUGUUUUCUCUAAAAUCCUUUUGGGUUUGUGUUAGUUCUUAGUACCAGACAAGGUGGUAUACUGUAUUUAACAUAGUUCAUACCCUCAGUGGAAUGUUUUUAAUCAAAAAAGGAAGAAAAAAAAAAGAGACUGUAUU